CUUUCCGCUACGCUUCCACUGCCUCUCUCUCUCCCUCUCUCUCACGGAGACUCUGUCUCUCAUUUUCUCUACAAACAUGCCCUGAUUCUCGUCGCUCAUAUCUCAAACAUAGGCUCCAAAGGCACAGCGUAGGGAAUGGAGGGACCCUCCUUUGUCUCCAAAGCGAGGACCGCCUUCCAUUCUGCGGCUGCGAAAGCGGAGCGAGUCCUCUCUGACUUAAAACCCGAUCGAGAUUCUGAUAAACAAUCCCUGAAGGAUUUGACAAAGCAAUCGGAGGGUGAAUCUCCAAACAACGAGCCCGAAUCGAAGGUUUACAAUGAACCAAAGCAUUUGAGGUGGAGAGCUGCACAGAUAGGGACGAAGCAGGAUUGGCAGGAUAGAUUCAGAAACAUUAAAUUCGGGAGGAAGGACAUUGAAGAUACUGAAAAAGUCGAGAAUUCAGCCAUGUCUGUUCCGUUUUAUGAUGAAAAUCUGUACCUGCUGAACAUGAAAAAUGAUCUGGAGGCUAAGAGUGCAGAAACAAUACCUGCGAUAGAAGGUUUUCUUACUGCCAGCACAGGGAACAUUCCCCCAUCAUCUGUGAUGAAGCAAUUGGCUGUAGCUGUUGAGGCUGGAAAGAAGUUUAAGUCAUUGAAAGACUGUCUGGCAUCAUCUGGGGGUUCUUCACCUGUCAGGGAGAGGGCUGGCCUCAGUCUCUCUGCAGUGAAGUCAUUAGUGCUUCGCGAAAAGGACAAGAUUACACUUGCAUUUGGUGAUAAUGAGAAAGUUGUGUCUUUGAUUAAUUCACUGUUUGAUACAGAGGGAGAUUUUCUCAGGAGGAAGAUAAGCAUUGGUUCAGAGGCAACCACCAUAACAUCUUUGCCAAGAGAUAUUCAUGGUGCUCCUCCUGAAAGCCUUGUUGUUAAGCUGGCUGAAGUCAUUGGAAGCUUUAGAACCCUGCGGAAAAUGGUCCUGUUUUGGUGCAGGGUUGCUGCAAAACUGAGAACACUUUGGUCUGAAGGGCAAUAUGUGCCUGGGAUCCCUCUGGAUGAGAUUCCGGAUCUGAAUUCCUGUCUAUUGUAUCAGCAGUUGCAAGUUAUCAAUUGCUGUGUUUCCCGGAAAAGGCGUUGUGCUAUUGCUACUGAAUCAUUAGAUUAUGCCGUGAGUGAGGCCAGUUCAAAUGCUGCAGAAUCAGCUGGUUCUAAAGACAUUAUUCCUGCAAGUCCUAUUUUGUAUGCUAGAAUAAGCACUGGGGAGCUUGUUCUUCGACUAGGUGCUGACUGUCCAUUCAGUAACCUAACAAUGUUGGAAACUGGUGAACCCGUGUACUCCCCAGUGACCCAGGAAGGACCUUUGCUUACAGAAGAUCUUAUCAAAGAAACUGAGGAAUUUGUGCUUCGAACAGGGAGUGUUGGUGCUGGGUGUUCUCAACUCCUCUCUGACAUGCAGGCUUUCAAGGCUGCAAAUCCUGGUUGUAUUUUGGAAGAUUUCGUGAGAUGGCACUCCCCUCCUGAUUGGAUGGAAACUGAGGGUAAAGAGGAUUUUGAUACCAUUGACUUAUCAUCAACAAGAGGUCAACUAAGUAGUCGAAUGCAAAAAGGUAAUUUGUGGCACGAGCUGUGGGAGACAGCCAAAGCAGUACCAGCUGUCAAACAAACACCCCUCUUUGAUGAGGAUUUGGCAGUGGAAGGCAUACUGAACAUUUUGGAGGAUAUGCCAACCUCUGAGCUUUUUGAGCAGCUGUUUGUUUCUUUACUUGGUUUAGGAUUUGUAAUUGCUGAGGCUACGCUGUCCACUAACAACAGUUUGUCAAAGCUGUUCUAUGAGUGCAAAGACUACGUUGUUGUCACUUGUCAAAGCAGCACCAGGAGUGAGAAACUUGAUGAUCUUUGCCAGGUAUAUGAAACAGUGGAGACAAUGUUACUCAAUCCAGACGAGGUCAUAACAAUGAUGAAGCAGCCGGAAGAAACAACUGCCACUGUGGGUGACCUAAAACGCCGAUUUAAGAGGCUUGGAUUCAACUUUGGUGGCAAGGAUAAACACUCAAGAAAACCAGCUUCAAACGACCAGAAGGACGCAGAAGAGAAUCCAAAUCGCCAACCGUUCUCAAGUUUCUUUGACAGCAAGUCAUCUUUAUUUUCUAAGAAGCCUCCGAAGCGAGAAACUACUCCCCCCGCUGAAAAACCUCAUUAUCCAGAAGAAAAUGAUUGGACAGUUGUUUAGACAUACUUUUUUUUUUUUUUUUGUUUCCUUUGUUUUUCCCCCUAGUCAGGGUGAAGCAACAUGCUUGGUAUUGCAGGUAAUUGUAAAUUAUUUUGAAAAACCUGCUAUUUUAGAUGCCAUUAGUAAUACAUCAAAGAAUUCAUUGUUUGGUGACCAUAGGAAUGAGAGAAUGGAAUUGCUUUUCGGAGUC